AUGCGCGCAAUGCUCCCUACUCUCCAGCAGCCAUUGCGGCUCUCGAUGGUCGCCCGCAACCCACAGCUGCGCAUGAUCGCUGGCGGAUCGCGAGCCUUCCAGACAACUUCUUCAGGCAAAGCUGUUGCUGCUUCGAGACAGGGUCCAUACGUCAAGGGCACCGUCAACGACCCAACCCCCUUCCCCGAGCCCAACGCUUCACACGGUUCCAACCACUGGGCAUUUGAGCGGGGACUCUCUGUUGCGCUCGUUCCUCUCGUCGCUGCUGGUUUCGCCAAGCACGGUUCGUCGGCGAUCCUCGACGGCGCGCUCGCACUUUCACUUGUUGUCCACUCUCACAUCGGCUUUGAUUGCAUCUUCGCCGACUACCUGCACAAGCGCAAAUUCCCCAUCGCCGGCCCUCUCGCAACGUGGUCGCUGCGUGCUGCCACCUUGGCAACCCUUUACGGUCUUUACGAGUUCAACACUAAUGACGUCGGACUCACCGAGUUGAUCGCCAAGGUCUGGACUGCUUAA